UCCCCUUCGGCCACCGCCCGUUCGCUCCCGCACCUUAUCCUCCCCUGAUCUCCCGUACAAAACCACUCCCUCCAUCUCUCUGAUCUGACCCACCCCCCUCCAAGCUGCACCACACCCGGCCACACUCCUCCUCCGGCGCCAAGAACUCGAGAACCAACCAACCAAGAAGAGGUUCAUCCGAGCUAGCUCAAUGGCGUCGCUCUCCGUCGCCACGCUCCCGCAGCUGUCCGCCCCGGCGGCGGCCAAGAAGAGCUCCGGCGUGAGGUACGUGGAGGGCAUGAACGCCUACAGCGGCCUCAAGGGGCUCAACAAGGUGACCAUGCUCGGCGUGCGCAAGUCCGCCGACUACAAGUUCGCCAGGAUCGUCGCCUCGCUUAGCCCCGCUGGGAAGAGGCGCGGGGGCACCUUCGGCGCGCAGUGCAACGCCGCCGGGGAGAUCUUUCAGAUCGCCGUCGUCAUGAACGCGCUCACGCUCGUCGGCGUCGCCGUCGGCUUCGUGCUGCUCCGGGCGGAGGCAGCCUUCGAGGAGGCGGAGGAGUGAAUAUACCCUUGUGCCCAGCCUCCUUGCCGGGCUGUUGGCGCGUAAGUCGUGAUAUAUAAACGUGAUUGAUGUAUGCUACUAUCUUACUUUGGUUUUGUAUCAAUGACAAAUUGAUGAAUACCUUGGAAACACCA